AUGCCCAAGCACAUCUACCUCAGGGAUGAGCACUUUAUCCUUGCUGUUGGUAUUGAUCAGGUCACACUCCAUGCAGCAGUCGACCAUGGCUCAAUGAACACUGACAUUGUGCAAGAAGUCCUCCAUGUCCCAGACCUAAAUGGCAACCUUCUCUCUGUCUCACAGUUUGAUCACAACAGCUAUGAUGUCCAGUUCAUGGAUGGUACAUGUCACAUCAGCAAUGCCCAGGGCCAAAUUAGCACUAUCGGGUACAUGCGAAGGAACCUCUACAUUCUCAAUGUGACCACACACCUCCCAAAAUGA